GCAGUUGGUAUCAAUUUAGUGCUACGUAUGGCACCUUGCGCAUCAGGAGGCCGUCGGGAAAAAAAAAAAAAAAAACCUUAAUACUCCCUCCAAGCAAUAUAAAUAAGUCGUCGAUCGAUGCAUUCUUCCAAUAUCCAUCAUAUUACACACCAUGGUAGCAGAAUCCAUUUUGGCCAUUGCUUUCUUUCUCGUCCUCAUUUGCUUGUUUAGAAGCAAAAAUGGCCUUCCAUGGAACUGGCCCCUCCUUGGCAUGUCCCCAACGCUUCUUCUCAACUCUCACCGGUUUUACGAACUAGCUGAUGAAAUUCUCGAGAUAAGCGGAGGUACUUAUUUAUUCAAAGGUCUUUGGUUUUCAAACAUGGAUAUGUGGUUCACAAGCGAUCCAGAAAAUGUGCACUACAUAACAACAACAAACUACUGGAAUUACCCCAAAGGGCCUGAGUCGAUGCAGGUGUUUGAUACCCUGGGAAAUUCGCUUUUCAAUUUGGAUUUCGAGGAGUGGACUUACUAUAGAGGACUCCUCCAUGGCUUUUUCAGUCACCAGAAGUUUCACCAAUUCGUUCCGAAGGUUUUGGUUGACAAUGUGAACAAAGGUCUGGUGCCAUUUCUUGAGGACGUAGCAAAACAGGCUUUGGUGGUGGAUUUGCAAGAUAUGUUUAAAAGGCAUAUAUACGAUGCUGCUUGCGCGAUAGCUACUGGAUAUAACCCCAAAACCCUCUCCAUUGGUUUUGAGGAAAAUGCAUUCGUAAGGGCCAUGGAUGAUGCCUGUGUAGCAAUGUUAACUAGGCACAUCUUGCCAGGGAGAUGCUGGAAGUUGCUAAGGUGGUUACAGAUUGGAAGUGAAAAGAGACUAAGUGUUGCAAAGGGUACUUUACGUCAAAUUGUAACAAAUUAUUAUAUGGCAACAAAGAGAGAGGAACUUAGUGCAGGAGCCAAAACAAAGGAAGACGAAGAGACCUUCGAUGUGUUGCGAUCUUUCUUGACUAUAAAUGAUGUCAAUGACAAAGAACACCCUGAUGAAAUUGUAAGAGACAGUACCAUAGGUAUUAUUUUUGCAGCAUAUGACACCUCCAGUGCAACUCUCUCUUGGUUCUUCUGGCUUCUUUCAAAGAAUCCGCAUGUCGAAACUAAAAUCAGAGAAGAGCUUGACUCCAAUUUCUCAGUGAAGGAAGGUCAAAAUUGGCAGCUAAAUAGCAGAAAAGAGUUGAGCAAGCUGGUUUAUCUCCAUGCUACCUUGUGUGAAACGCUAAGGCUAUACCCGCCAGUUCCUCUCCAGAGAAGGACUCCAGUUAGACCUGACAUUUUUCCAAGCGGUCACCAUGUAGAUCCAAAGGCUAUUGUUGUUUUGUCAGGAUAUGCAAUUGGAAGGAUGGCUAGGGUAUGGGGACAGGAUUGCCAUGAAUUCAAGCCUGAGAGAUGGAUCAAUGAGAAAGGAGAUCUUAAAUAUGAAAGAUCGGCCAAGUUCUUUACCUUCAACGCAGGACCUAGGAUUUGUCCAGGGAAGGAGAUGGCGUUUAGUAUCAUGAAGGCCGCCGCUGCAACUAUUCUUUAUAACUACCAUGUUCAAGUUGUGGAAACCCGCCCUGUGACCCCCAAAGCUAGUAUAAUUCUUCAAAUGAAACAUGGUUUGAGGGCUAGGAUUUGCAGUAGAUGGACUUGAGGGAUCGCACGGUCAUCAUGUUGAUGAUGCAUUAUUUAAAUUUCUGGUUGAGAAUGAAGAAAUAGAUCCCUUCUUCUGAAUAAGUGAGUAAUACAUUGGAGUUAUGUUGACAAAACAGAGAAUGAUCACAGAUAAGAUCGAUGGCCUUAAUUUGUAUUAGCAAUUAUAUUUGAUGGAUUGUAAAAGCUGAAACUCUAGCUAUG